AUGUGGUUAUGUACAUAUAUAUCACAGAUAGACUUUUGUCUUGUAACAUUACAUUAUUCUCAUUUAGUAAUAUUGUCAGAUGAUUCUCUUGUAGUAUUGUCAGAUGAUUCUCUUGUAGUACUGUCAGAUGAUUCUCUUGUAGUAUUGUCAGAUGAUUUUCUUGUAGUACUGUCAGAUGAUUCUCUUGUAGUACUGUCAGAUGAUUCUCUUGUAUAUUGUCAGAUGAUUCUCUUUGUAGUAAUGUCAGAUGAUUCUCUUGUAGUAUUGACAGAUGAUUCUCUUCUAGUACUGUCAGAUGAUUCUCUUGUAGUAUUGUCAGAUGAUUCUCUUGUAGUACUGUCAGAUGAUUCUCUUGUAGUACUGUCAGAUGAUUCUCUUGUAGUAUUGUCAGAUGAUUCUCUUGUAGUAUUGUCAGAUGAUUCUCUUGUAGUAUUUUCAGAUGAUUCUCUUGUAGUAUUGUCAGAUGAUUCUCUUGUAGUAUUGUCAGAUGAUUCUCUUGUAGUUUUGUCAGAUGAUUCUCUUGUAGUAUUGACAGAUGAUUCUCUUCUAGUACUGUCAGAUGAUUCUCUUGUAGUAUUGUCAGAUGAUUCUCUUGUAGUACUGUCAGAUGAUUCUCUUGUAGUACUGUCAGAUGAUUCUCUUGUAGUAUUGUCAGAUGAUUCUCUUGUAGUAUUGUCAGAUGAUUCUCUUGUAGUAUUUUCAGAUGAUUCUCUUGUAGUAUUGUCAGAUGAUUCUCUUGUAGUAUUGUCAGAUGAUUCUCUUGUAGUUUUGUCAGAUGAUUCUCUUGUAGUAUUGUCAGAUGAUUCUCUUUGUAAUGAUUCUCUUGUAGUAUUGACAGAUGAUUCUCUUGUAGUACUGUCAGAUGAUUCUCUUGUAGUACUGUCAGAUGAUUCUCUUGUAGUAUUGUCAGAUGAUUCUCUUGUAGUAUUGUCAGAUGAUUCUCUUGUAGUAUUGUCAGAUGAUUCUUUUGUAGUAUUGUCAGAUGAUUCUCUUGUAGUAUUGUCAGAUGAUUCUCUUGUAGUAUUGUCAGAUGAUUCUCUUGUAGUUUUGUCAGAUGAUUCUCUUGUAGUAUUGUCAGAUGAUUCUCUUUGUAGUACUGUCAGAUGA